GGAGAGAGCGGUGACAAAAACAACGGCUGGAAUACCCGCAAUCGCACGUGGAAACCGAUGACAGCGCCACUGAAUCCGGUCCAGCACAGAUCCAAAACAGGAAGGGCACCGGUGGCAGUACAGAUCAGUGAUGAGUGCUGAUUUGAUGAAGAGGGAGUGUGUCAACAGAGAGUGCAUUAACCUGCACUGAACUGGAUUAGCCACUAUUUACACUAUGAUGGAGGGAACAAGCCAGGCGGCGGCGGACGCGGGUGGCGACCAUGCCACCAGCAUGGCCGUGACUACGGUGGAAAGGGCAGACGUGGCCAGUCCCAGUCCGGUGGCCAAGCAGAGGAGCCUGCGUGCCGUGUACGUGCUGAACGAUGGUCUGAAAGCCGUAGCAGCGAACAGCCCGGAGUCAGGAGCGUUGCAGUGCCUGCAGCGGGCAUGCGAUGCCGAGAGUGCCAUCCUUACCACUGUUACUUUUGGAAGGCUCGACUUCGGGGAGACGACCGUGCUCGAUACGUUUUACGAUGCAGACAUCGCAGUUGUGGACAUGAGCGAUGUGUUCAGACAGCCGUCGCUCUUUUAUCAUCUGGGAGUCCGUGAGAGCUUCGACAUGGCCAACAACGUCAUCCUUUACCACGACACGGACCCUGACACGGCACAGUCGCUGAAGGACAUGGUGGCCCAGAAAAACACAGCCUCCAGUGGGAACUACUACUUCAUACCGUACGUCAUGACGCCCAAUAACGAAUACAUCUGCUGCGAGAACGUGGCACAGCGAAGGGCGUCCGAGUACAUGCAGCCCAGCUGGGACAACCUGCUCGGACCUCUGUGCGUCCCACUCGUGGAUCGCUUCGUCAGCCUCCUUAAAGACAUCCACGUAACAUCCUGCGCUUCAUUUAAAGACACCCUGUUGAACGACAUCCGCAAAGCUCGGGAGAAGUACCAGGGAGAGGAGCUGGCUAAGGAACUGUCCAGGAUCAAGCUGCGCAUCGAUAACACAGAGGUUCUGACUCAGGAUAUCGUGAUGAACCUGCUCUUCUCUUACAGAGACAUUCAGGACUAUGAUGCCAUGGUCAAACUGGUACAGACUCUCGAGAUGCUGCCAACCUGCGACCUGGCCAAUCAGCCCAUGAUCCAGUUUCACUACGCCUUCGCUCUCAACAGGCGGAACAGCCCAGGUGACAGGGAGCAGGCUUUACGGGUGAUGCUGCAGGUCCUCCAGUCAUGCGACCACCCGGCCCCGGACAUGUUUUGCCUGUGCGGCCGCAUUUACAAGGACGUUUUUCUCGACUCGGACUGCAAGGACACCAAGAACAGAGACAACGCCAUUCAGUGGUACCGGAAGGGGUUUGAAUUACAGCCCACUUUGUACUCGGGGAUUAAUCUGGCUGUGCUCCUAAUAGUUUCUGGACAGCAGUUUGAGAGCUCUAUUGAACUCAGGAAGAUAGGUGUGAGGCUGAACAGUCUGCUGGGCAGGAAGGGCAGUCUGGAGAAAAUGAAUAACUACUGGGAUGUGGGGCAGUUCUUCACGGUCAGCAUGCUGGCCAAUGACAUCCCUAAAGCGGUGCAGGCCGCUGAGAAGCUCUUCAAACUCAAACCUCCGUUCUGGUAUUUACGCUCGGUGGUGCAAAACCUGAAGCUGAUCCAGCACUUUAAAAAGCAGAACAUGGAGCAUUCGCCUCAGAGAGAGAGACUCAACUUCUGGAUGGACAUUAUCGUAGAGGCGACACAAGGAACCACCAACAGCCUGCGCUUCCCGGUGUUGAUUCUUGAGCCCACCAAAGUGUACCAACCUUCGUACGUGUCCAUCAACAGUGAAGCUGAAGAGAAGAACGUGUCCAUCUGGCAUGUUUCUCCUGCUGAAACGAAAGGAAUCCAUGAAUGGAACUUCACAGCUUCAUCUAUCAAAGGAAUCAGCAUCUCCAAAUUCGACGAGCGCUGCUGCUUCCUGUACGUGCACGACAACUCGGAUGAUUUUCAGAUCUAUUUCUCAACCGAGGAACAGUGCGGCAGGUUCUGCUCUAUGGUGAAGGAGUUGAUCUCUGAUGGAUCGGGGAACGCUGUGGAGCUGGAGGGAGAGGGAGACGGAGACACUCUGGAGUACGAAUACGACUACAACGAGAACGGGGACAGAGUGGUGCUCGGCCGGGGUACGUACGGAGUGGUGUACGCCGGCAGAGACCUGAGCAACCAGGUUCGAAUCGCCAUCAAGGAGAUUCCCGAGCGAGACAGCAGGUACUCGCAGCCGCUGCACGAGGAGAUCGCCCUGCACAAAUACCUGAAGCACAGGAACAUCGUUCAGUACCUGGGGUCCGUGUCUGAGGACGGAUACAUCAAGAUCUUCAUGGAGCAGGUUCCUGGAGGUAGUCUCUCAGCACUGCUCCGGUCUAAGUGGGGUCCUCUAAAAGAAGCCACUAUCAUCUUCUAUACCCGACAAAUCCUGGAAGGACUACGGUACCUGCACGAAAAUCAGAUCGUCCACCGGGAUAUAAAGGGGGACAACGUUUUAGUCAACACCUACAGCGGCGUUUUGAAGAUCUCGGAUUUCGGCACGUCGAAGAGGCUGGCCGGGGUCAACCCCUGCACCGAGACCUUCACAGGUACCCUGCAGUACAUGGCCCCUGAGAUCAUCGAUAAAGGGCCCCGGGGUUACGGGGCUCCGGCUGACAUGUGGUCCCUGGGGUGUACGAUCAUAGAGAUGGCGACGGGCAAACCCCCAUUCCAUGAGCUCGGGGAGCCCCAGGCGGCCAUGUUCAAGGUCGGCAUGUUCAAGAUCCACCCCGAGAUCCCCGAGUCGCUCUCCCCCGAGGCCAAGUCCUUCAUCCUGCGCUGCUUCGAGCCCGAUCCCAGCAAGAGAGCCACGGCCGGAGAUCUGCUCAAGGACCUGUUCGUUCGUCAUAACAUCAAGGGCAAGAAGAACAAGAUCGCAUUCAAACCCUCAGACUACAUCCGCAGCGUAUCUCUGCCGGUCCAGCUGCAGGCCGAGGCGGCCGGGAGCAGCAGCAGCGAGCCGGGCUCCGUAUCGCCGGACUGCGACUCCAAACACGACGUCUUCUUCCAGAAGAAGAAGCGAUCGGGCUCGGAGAACCUCAUCAAACCGGUGACGUCCAGCUUUCUCAGCGUUCCUGAUGAGAGUCCUACAUCAGAGGACCGUAGUUCCCCGGCGUCGUCCGAGAACAGCGACUCGGGCCUCUUCCUUCUGAAGAAAGACAGCGAGAGGCGUGAUAUACUCUACAAAGUUCUCAAUGAAGACCAGGAUAAGGUCACGUCUAACCUUCUGGAGAACCACGUGCAGGGCAGCACCGAGGAGCUGAAACUGUCGGUGGAUCAUAUUAAGCAGAUCAUCUGUAUCCUGCGGGACUUCAUUCGUUCUCCUGAGCGGCGCGUCAUGGCCUCGACCAUCUCCAAGCUCAAACUGGACCUGGACUUCGACAGCACCUCCAUCAACCAUAUCCAGCUGGUUCUGUUCGGCUUUCAGGACUCUGUGAAUAAAGUGCUGAGGAACCAUCACAUUAAGCCCCACUGGAUGUUUGCGAUGGAUAAUAUUAUCAGACGGGCGGUGCAGGCUGCCGUCACCAUAUUAAUUCCAGAACUGCAGACUCACUUCGGCCCGGCGUCGGAGAGCGAGGGGGCCGAGAAGGACGUGGACGUGGAGGAGGUGGACGCCGACCUCGGCGCCGUCGAGCACAUCACCCAAGAGGACACGGGUCUCACCUCGGGGGUCAGCACCCUCAGCUCGGUCGUUUCACACGAGUCCCAGAGGCCGUCGCACCCGUUCGGGGCCCAGCUCACCCGCCUCAAACAGGAGACGAGCAGGCUUCUGGAGGAACUGGUACAGAAGGAGAAAGAGUACCAGCAGGUACUGAGACACACUCUCCAGCAGAGGGCGCACGACCUGGAGCUUUUCAGACUGAGAAACCAGCCCACACCUACUACAGACGCUCCCUCUACAUCCAUUUUCCACAUCACGGUAGAACCUGAACCUGAUAAGGAACUGACCGCCUGGCUGAAGGAACUGGGUGCGGAUUCAGAAACCAUAGACAAGUUCGUCAUGGAGGACUACACACUGAAUGACAUUCUCAAUGACAUCACCAAAGAGGACCUGCAUUACAUGAGACUGCGGGGCGGCGUGCUGUGCCGUAUAUGGAGGGCCAUCCAGAGGCAUCGCGGCCGAGAGCAGAGAAGAACACGGAGUCACGACGAGACCUCAGAAGGAUGAGCGACACAUUUUCCUCUAACACAAACCCGAACUCACAGCACUCACGAAUUCACACGGACGCCGAUCAUCACCUGUUCCGAACAUGCCAUUAUGCAGAUGCGUUCCGAGUACGUCGAGGACUCGCUCUACCGGUUCUCGCGUGUGAGCGUUCGUUUUCACUUUUCCUGCCGCUUCAGAUUUGCAUAGCGGGUUCGUCGUCCGGUCAUUCUGAACCUUUUCCUUGACGCCGAAGCCCCGAGUGCUGUUUUUAAUUGACGUUUCUGCACGGAAAUUGGCCUUGGGUUCUACUCUGGAGGGGCCUGCGUUGUUUUUUAGCUUGUCUUGUUUUUAAUCCAGCGAUGGGAAGAGUGGCGGUUGACGAGGCUCGUAUUUCCUGCAAUAUGAUCGCUGUUGCUGAUUCAUUCCUCACACAUCCACGCUUGUCAGCUGUGUGUUUUGGGUGCUUGGUCGCAGGUGAAAGUGACUACUGUGUGUGUUUUACCACACGUCGACUGUCUUUAGUCUGGGAAAAACAAUAGGAUUCAUGUUUCUUAGCUUUUAGCUGGUAAAAAAACAUUAAUAUUUACAAUAAUUAAGGUCCUAGAAUUGAGCCUUGUGGGACUAAAAUUUUACCUAAAAAUUUGGACUAUUAAGACAUAAUUUUGUAUGAAAUAAGAACUACAUUAACUUAACAUUAAUAUAUACAAAUGUACAUUUUAAAAUACACUACAUGGCCAAAAGUAUUUGGACACCUGACCAUCCUAUUUCAAAAACGAAUGGUAUUAUUAAAUGGGAUCUUUUCAUCCAUAACAACAGCCACUCUUCUUCCUGAGAAGGCAUCUCACAAGACUGAAGUGGAACUGGCUGUGGGAAUUUGUGCCUGUUCAGUCCGAAGAGCAUUCGUAUGGUCAAGAAAUCCUCAAUUGAUGUUCCGGUUCAUUCCAAAGCUGCUCAGUCUGGGCUCUGAGCAGACCACUAACUCUAGAGUUUCUUUAAACCUAACCAGGGGCACAGUCUUGCUGGAACAGGAAAGUGCCUUCCCUAAACCGUUUUUUUCCCCUUUAUAUAACUGAUUUAUUACACCUGUUAGUAACUGUUGUGGCUAAAAUUCAAAAUGAGUACAUUUAGAAAAUCAAAGGGGUGUCACAAUACUUUCGUCCAUAUGGUGGACACACAUUGCUUCAAUUAUAAUGGCUCUAGUAUCGACACUUGUGGGACUUCACACGUUUUUUCAGCAACACUAGGUGAUUCCACUGUUUGUCCACGUUGGCUUGGGUUCGAUUCCAGGGCAGCCAGGGUCAGUUCUAUAUGGUCUGUGUGGGUUUGCUUCAGGUGCUCCGGCUUCCGUCAACUAGUCCAAUCACUGCCAGAUUCACGCUCUUACCCUCCACCCCUGUUUGUUUGGAUUGUAUUCUGGCAUAGACGUCUGUGCUGAUUCGGAAAACAGUUGCCGUCAAUCAAUUUCGGACGGUUUAUAAAGUUGCGUAUCACACAUCACACCUACAAAUGAAAGGGUCAGGGGUUGCAGAGUAGCUCAGUAGCGAUCCGUUGGUAUUUAAAGCACGCGGCAGCAGUAAGACGAUAUGUUCAGGAGCGGCCGCAGCACGUACCUGCCAAAUUCAUACCACCGCUGAUACACACACCAGUUUUACAUUGAGAUACAGAUCUCAGAUAAACUGAACUAAAAGUAUGUCAGAAAUGUACACACACUUGGGAAGGAUCAUGUGUGUCAUGGCAUGCUUAAAAUUUAAGUGAUAUGUGCAAUUUUUACUCAAAAAUAGACAAACGGCAGCACAAGUCACUGUCCACAGUCAAGUAAGCCUAAAAACAUGAACCACAUUGGCAUCUUAAGGCUUGGGAAAAAGCUCUUGCUUGGCGGCCUCAAAGCCCAUGGCUACAUCAAUUUUUGUUGUUCCUAUUGCAAUUUAAAGGAAAUUAAUACAGCAACUUAAUUAAAUAAUCACAUUUAAUAAUCACUAACACACUUAAAUAGAUUUUUACCCUUAAAAUCUACAUAUAACAUGUGAUUUGUUAUUAGUUAGUGGUUGUGUAAUAUUUAUUAUUAAUUUUUUAUCUACAGUUUACUGUUAUGCCAGAAUACAAUUCAAACAAACGAGGGUGGAGGGUAACAGCAGGUAUCUUGCGGAUUCAGUUCAUUUUGAUUCAAAAGAAAAAACAUUGCUUAAUAGGACCUAGAAUCGACACUUGUGGGACACUAUACAACACGCAUAACUACUUUCAGCUCAGAUUGGGCUAAAUCACUGACGCCCAAGGAUCAUUGAUGUGGGAGGGAAGCUGCCGUAGCACAAAUCGCUGAAUAUGGUAAUGUUGGGGAUGGAGCUGCAGCCCAGCGCUUCUGGUCUCGAGUUCUACCACCUAGCUUAACUUUGUUGCAGACCAAUUACCUUCAUGGCAACGGUUUCAGCCAGACAGUGCAUCCUGCCACAAUGCAAACAUUACUUAGGAAUGGUUGAGGAACGUGAUGAGUGUCUGAAGUUUCAAGGUGUUGCCUCCAGAUUCCCCAGAUCUCAAUGUGAUAGACACACAAGUCAGAUUAAUGGAGGAGUCUCGAAGCUCUGUGAAAACAAGUGUGUAGUGCUGUUUUAUAUUUAUUUGACUAUUUCAUGUUUCAUAUGGAGGACUUGUUUGACCAAAGCUACUGAACUCCUAUUGACUAAAUAAUUUGUGUAUAUUUUCUUGCUUGUGUUGUCCGUGUUACAGAACGUGCUGUGUAUUGGUGCAUCUUGUUGCCAAAUAUUUGCUCUGUGAUCUGUAUUAAUGUAAAACCUGUUUUUGUUUUGUGUAGAGUAUCAUGUGCUUUAAAUUACUGCUUGUUGGUGCGUUUAGGUGUUUAUAAUGGUUUUCCAAAAAUGGAAUGAUUUUAUUUAAAAAGCACUGGAAGGUAUGGAGGAAAUGAAUGAGCCAAAACAUUAAGACCCCUAAAAAUUUGGAUGGCAAUGCCUAUUGCGUAACAGUUGCAUAUUAUGAUCAGAGAUGUAAAUGUUGAGCUGAUGGUCGCUACUCAUAGUUUAUGUUUUGAUUCUGAUCAGGGAUAAAUGAUUAUGGCCAAAUAAGUGAGUUAAAGCAUCCCCAAAACAGCACGGGAUGUUCACAGAUGUUGUGGAGUAUUCCAAAGAGUCUUAAACUGUUCACAGGUCAUUGGGCAGCCAAGACUCAUUGAAGGCUAUCACAUCUGUUACAGACCAACAGAAGAGCCAUAUGGGAUCAAGUGCCCAUUCUAACUCCUGCCCACUGCUGAGAGUACCUAUAAUGGUAACUGGACAUCUGAGCAAUGGGAGAGGGUUAAUUGGUCCAUUGAAUUCUGUUUCCUCCAAUAUUUUGUGGACAGUUAGGAGAUGGUUCUAGGAUGCACAGUAGGAUCCACCUGUCCAGCAGGUCAGAGCUGUUUUGACAGCUCUAGGCAGGUGGUCCUAAUGUUUUGGCUUACAUUUGGGCAUCAAAUUAUUCUAAAAAAAAACAGAACUAAGAAAACAGUUACUGCUUUCAAUGUGUGGUGUUCAGCCAUGUUUUCUUAAGUUAAGCCAUCAUAGCAAAAGUAUUAAACCACCAUGAUGGACUGCAAAUAACCAAAUGUGCCAAUUAUCUCAGACUCAUAUGUUUAAAUGUUCACCAUUGCACCCCUUUGUAAAAUAAAACCAUGUUCUUAAAAUAAAUGGGAACACUUUAAAGCACAAUAA